AUGUUGGACCUCUCGGUGUCGCCCAAUGCCCAAACCUUAAGCCUCCUCACUGCCACCGCGCUGCGACGGCUCCCGCAGAUUCGGGUGGAGACUUGGUAUCAGCAAGCAGUGGAUGCCGGGUGCCAGCUUGGCCCAGGUGCCUUUAAAGAGCUCUUGGAUGCGGCUCUGAAACGCAACGACGUUCGCGCUGCUGCCUUUUGGUACAACAAGUCGUUGGCUGAUGGCAGUAGCUGGCCUACGGAGGUGUUCAAUCAAUUGCUGUCCAGGGCUGCACAAUUGGAAGGAUAUUCCUUCGCGGCCCGGCUUUUUGCGGACUUGGGCGAUGGGCUGACACCCACUGUGGAGACCUUUAAUUCCAUGAUGUUGGCAGCGGCCAAGAAAGGUGACGCAGCAGCGGCAGAGAUAUGGUAUGCAAGGGCGCAAAGUGCAGGUUGCAUACCUGAUCAGGUCACCUACCAAGCUCUCAUCAAUGCAGCUUCCAAGAAUGGCGAUUUGGCAGCAGCUGAGCGAUGGCUAAGGCAGGCAACAGAUGCCCAGCUGGCGCCCACCUUGACCAUGCUGAACUCGCUGAUGGCGGCGGCCGCACGGGAGGGGGACGUCCAACUGGCAAUCCGCUGGUUUCAGCGAAUGGAAGGGCUGGGCCUGAAGCCGGAUGUGGUCUCCUACACCACCAUCAUCAGUGCAGCUGCCAAGACUGGCAACUUGUCCCUGGCAGAGACCUGGUUCGAGGCUGCCUUGACAAAUGGGAUUACGCCGAACGUGGUCACGUUCACCUCUUUGAUCGACGCUGCUGUGCGUACUGACGAUGAGGAGGCAGCCAGGCAUUGGUAUGAAUCUGCCCUCGAGGCUGGCGUGCGGCCAUCCAUACGAACUUUCAACACUUUGAUGAGUGGGCCGGCCAGGAAGGGGGACCUCGCGUCGACAGAGAAGUGGUUUCGAACCGCCAGCUUCAGCGGCACCAAGCCAGACCGGGUGACCUACAACACGUUGAUGAACGCCGCGGCUCGUGCAGGUGAUUUGGCUUCAGCUGAGGAGUGGUUCAGGAGCGCGGUGGCGGCGCGCGUGGCUCCCAACGUCGUAAGCUUUACCACCUUGAUCUCUGCAGCCGCCGACCUGAACUGCAUAGGCGAGGCGGAGGCCUGGUUUCAGAGAGCUGCUGACGCCGGGAUCCGGCCCAACGUGGCCAUGUACAAUGCUAUGCUGAGCGCCGCGGCCAAGGAUGCACCUUCCUCUGCGGAGAAGUGGUUCCAGCAGAUGGAGAAGGAUGGCGUCCUUGCGGAUGCCUGGAGCUUCAGCAUCUUAAUGGAUGCCUCGGCUAAGCAGGGGGAUUUGGAGCAAGCAGAUGUUUGGCUUCAACAGGCUGAACGUGCAGGUCAGAAGCACGAUGCUGUAACCUUCCGAACCUUGCUCAACGCUGCUGCCAAGCAAGGCGACAUGGAGGCUGCUGAAAAGUGGUAUUCCAAGGCUGUGAAGCUCAAUCGCCAGCUUGACACCAACACGUUCAAUAGCUUGCUGCAAGCUGCCAUUAGAUGCAGUGGCAUCGGCGAGAUCCGCCGCUGGUAUGAUCGACUCCUACAAGCAGGCUGUGCGCCAGACGAGCAGACCUUCAGUAUCUCCGUUUUCUCGGCCGCACGCGCACGGAACUUCAGCAUGAUGGGCGAGUGGCUCAGGGAGGCAGCUAGUCAAGGCUUUGAGCCUGAGCAGAUUGCACGCAGCGUCAUGGCCAAGGAGGUUGCCCAACGUGCCUUCCGUGCUGUCAUCCGGAAGGCGGCUGACGAUGGUGACCCGAAAUUGGCAGAAGAGUGGGCCCAGCGUGCGAGGCAAAGUGGAAUGGAUGACGGACUCGGAGUGGACGUGGCGCUGUGGGAUCGUUUGGAGUGCAAGUCGUCAGCCUCACGUCUUCGACAUUGCCAAGACGAAGCAGCAGAGGGAGCCUCGAAGGAGGAGCGAUUCAUUCAGCAGAACUCCCAAUUUUCUCCCACACAGCCAUCCAACCAAUGCCAGGAGACUGAGAACGACAAGAUCCCCUGGCAGGCCUGA